AUGCCCCCCAAAGUUGCCAAGGGCGAAUACAUUGAGACAGGCGAGGCUGUUAUCCGGGGUGACCUGUACCGUACUUCCACUAGUUCCGGUGCGAGCGGCGACCAGGGGGGACAACAGCCGGCGACGUCGACGCCAUCUGUUGCGAUUACGAUCGGGCGCUAUAGUUAUAUCUCGAAGCAGGCUGUGUUGAGGCCCCCGUCGAGGUUACAUCGCGGCGUGCAUUCGUUUUAUCCGCUGAAGAUUGGGGAUCAUGUCUUUGUGGGGGAGAGGGCGGUCGUUGAGGCGGCUAGUGUGGGGAACCAUGUGCAUAUUGGGAGGGAUGCGGUGAUUGGGAGUAUGGCUAUCUUGAAGGAUUUCGCGUAUGUACUUGAUGGGGCGGUUGUUGCGCCGGGCAUGGUGGUGCCGAGUUGGUGUGUUGUUGGUGGUGCGCCGGCGAGGAUCGUCGGCGAGGUUGGUGAGGGGUAUGGGGUUGAGGGGGCCGAGGGGGGCAUGGCGCGGGAGAGGUAUCGGUUGGUUGGGAGGUAG